AUGUCCAUCUCGCUGGUGCCCUCGAGCUCCCAGCAGCCCGGCCGCCUGCUCUGCUCCCUGAUGGAUUUCUCCCCUGCCCACAUCCAGCUGAGCUGCUCCCAGGGCCAGCAGCAGCUCUCGGGCCACAUGCUGGCCACUGCCGUGCUCCCCAGCGGGGAUUGGAGCCAGCAGCUCCUGGUGCUGCUGGAAACCGCCCCCGGCAAUGCACUCAGCUCCAGCUGCCAGGUGGAGCACGUCAGCCUGGAGCACCCCCUGAGCCGGCACUGGGGCACGGCCCGGCCCCCACAGCGCCGGGGGCAGCAGGGGAGGCACUGGGGGGGCUGGGAGGGGGAUUGGGAUGUAGUGGGAGUAACUAGAAGGCAACAAGAUGUUAAUGUGGAUUGGGGACUUCAUCUUUCUGGUGGUGGGACUUCAGAAGAAGCUCAGAAGUGUCAGAAGCAGCUUAGAAGCUUGGCUUCUGCUUGCACAAGAAGCUCCUCAGCUGGCAGCGGCUACAGCCCCUCCCUGUGACCUCGGGCCUGGCCGGGACCACACGCUUCAUCCCAGUGAGUCUGGGGGAGGUCGUCUGUCCCUCCCAUUCCUUCUGUUAUUCUGUCCCUGUCCGGCUGCUCCCAAUGUUCUACAUAAAGUUUCCCAGUUUGCCCCGAUCCCGUUUAUGUGGGACAGUGGGGAGGGACUUCGGGUUAUCCAGCAGAGGUCCGUGACUGGGCGGGGCGAGAGGG